CUAUAAUUCGUGAUUUAAAUCGAAAAAUGUAAUUUUGUAAAUUAUAAAGUGGUGAAUAUUAUUUAGUGGAUGUCACCACUAAUUAUAAUGUUGCAGGGGACUGCUUUGGCUUAGACUACUACGAUGGCCGAAGCAGAGGGAGGAUCAGAACAAGAUGAUGUUUCAUUUUUACGAACGGAAGACAUGGUAUGUCUUUCGUGUACUGCUACAGGAGAAAGGGUUUGCUUAGCUGCUGAAGGAUUUGGUAAUAGACAUUGCUUUCUGGAAAAUAUUGCUGAUAAGAAUAUACCUCCAGACUUAUCCCAAUGUGUUUUUGUAAUCGAGCAAGCUCUGUCAGUAAGAGCCCUACAGGAGUUAGUUACAGCUGCAGGAAGUGAAACGGGCAAGGGAACAGGCUCAGGUCAUAGAACGUUGCUUUAUGGUAACGCAAUUCUCUUGCGGCAUCAAAAUAGUGACAUGUACUUGGCUUGUUUGUCCACGAGUUCAAGUAACGAUAAGUUGGCCUUUGACGUUGGUUUACAAGAGCAUAGUCAAGGGGAGGCAUGCUGGUGGACUGUACACCCUGCUAGCAAACAAAGGUCUGAAGGAGAAAAGGUCAGAGUGGGUGACGAUUUAAUUUUGGUAUCUGUAGCAACAGAGAGAUAUUUGCACACCACUAAAGAAAACGAAGUAUCUAUCGUAAAUGCUAGUUUCCACGUGACCCAUUGGUCAGUCCAGCCCUACGGUACCGGUAUGUCUCGUAUGAAGUAUGUAGGAUACGUUUUCGGUGGAGAUGUGCUGCGUUUUUUCCAUGGUGGCGAUGAAUGUCUUACAAUACCAUCCACCUGGUCUACAGAGGCAGCUCAUAAUAUUGUCAUCUACGAAGGAGGCAGCGUUAUGUCUCAAGCCCGAUCAUUGUGGCGCUUAGAACUGGCGAGGACAAAGUGGGCGGGUGGUUUUAUUAAUUGGCUUCACCCAAUGCGUAUCCGUCACUUGACCACAGGCCGCUAUUUAAGUGUUAAUGAACAAAACGAAUUGUGCCUGGUAACUAGGGAAGAGGCUACGACUGCUUCAUCUGCUUUCUGUUUGCGACAAGAAAAAGAUGAUCAGAAGAUUGUGCUGGAAGAAAAGGAUUUGGAAGUAAUCGGUGCUCCGAUUAUCAAAUAUGGAGAUUCCACAGUGAUUGUACAACAUUCAGAGACCGGAUUGUGGUUAUCAUAUAAAUCCUACGAAACGAAGAAAAAGGGCGUAGGUAAAGUAGAAGAAAAACAAGCAGUGUUGCAUGAGGAAGGAAAAAUGGAUGACGGAUUGGACUUCAGUAGAAGUCAAGAAGAAGAGUCAAGGACAGCUCGUGUUAUUCGUAAAUGUAGUUCUCUGUUCACCCAAUUUAUUAAUGGCUUGGAGACGUUGCAGAUGAAUAGACGACAUUCCUUGUUUUUCGCCAGUGUUCACUUGAACGAAAUGGUAAUGUGUUUGGAAGAUCUUAUUAAUUAUUUCGCCCAGCCAGAAGAUGAUAUGGAACACGAAGAGAAACAAAACAAACUCCGUGCUCUACGUAACCGUCAGGACUUGUUUCAAGAAGAGGGAAUUUUGAAUUUAAUUCUAGAAGCAAUUGAUAAAAUAAAUGUGAUAACUUCCCAAGGAUUCUUGGCGACCUUGGCCGGUGAUCAGAGUUGGGAAAUGAUUUCUGGUUACUUGUAUCAAUUGUUAGCUGCUAUAAUAAAGGGAAACCACACCAAUUGUGCCCAAUUUGCCAAUUCUAACAGAUUGAAUUGGUUAUUUUCACGUUUGGGGUCUCAAGCUUCCAGCGAAGGCACCGGCAUGUUAGAUGUACUUCAUUGUGUUCUCAUUGAUUCACCAGAAGCUCUAAAUAUGUUAAGUGAUGAACAUAUUAAAGUGAUUAUAUCACUAUUGGAAAAGCACGGAAGAGACCCAAAAGUGUUGGAUGUGCUAUGUUCGCUAUGCGUUGGUAAUGGAGUAGCUGUACGUAGUUCACAGAACAAUAUCUGCGAUUUUCUUUUGCCGGGUAAAAAUUUGCUAUUGCAAACGCAAUUAGUCGAUCUUGUGGCGAGCAUUCGUCCGAAUAUAUUUGUGGGCAGAGUAGAAGGGAGUGCCAUUUACCAAAAAUGGUACUUCGAGGUGACUGUUGACCAUUGGGAACAAACUACUCAUAUGAUGCCCCAUUUACGAAUUGGUUGGGCCAAUACAAAAGGUUAUAUACCGUAUCCAGGUGGAGGUGAGAAAUGGGGUGGCAAUGGCGUUGGCGAUGAUCUAUAUUCGUUCGGAUUUGAUGGAGCUUUCCUUUGGACUGGCGGUCGAAAUACUAAAGUUGUUGAUAAUAUAAUAGAACCUUUCAUUAGAAAAGGUGAUGUGGUUGGGUGUGCACUGGAUCUGACUGUACCGUCGAUAUCAUUCUCAUUUAAUGGGGCUCCUGUCAGUGGUAGUUUCAGAAAUUUUAAUUUGGAUGGAAUGUUUUUUCCAGUCAUCAGUUGUUCUUCUAAAUUAAGUUGUCGGUUUUUGUUGGGAGGCGAUAAUGGUCGCUUAAAGUAUAUUCCACCAGAAGAAUUUUCUCCCCUUGUGGAAAGUCUGUUACCACAACAAGUUCUUAGUCUCGAUCCAUGUUUUUAUUUUGGGAAUCUAAACAAAUGUGUACUGGCAGGCCCGUGGCUUGUAGAGGACGAUGUUGCCUUUGUACCAGGCCCUGUCGAUACAAGUAUGGUGACAUUGCCUAAUUAUAUAGAAUCAAUAAGGGAUAAACUAGCCGAGAAUAUUCACGAAAUGUGGGCCAUGAAUAAAAUCGAGGCUGGCUGGCAAUGGGGCGAUUAUCGUGAUGACUUGAGACACAUUCACCCUUGUCUUGUGCCUUUUGAGAAACUACCAGCAGCUGAAAAAAGAUACGAUUCACAAUUGGCUGUACAAACGUUAAAGACUAUAAUUGCUCUGGGUUAUCACGUUACUAUGGAUAAGCCCCCGUCACGUAUCAAGACUGUACGUCUUCCCAAUGAACCUUUUAUGCAGGCGAAUGGUUAUAAACCUGCUCCUUUGGAUUUGAGUGCUAUUAUUUUGACCCCGAAAAUGGAAGAACUUGUUGACCAGUUAGCCGAAAAUACACAUAAUCUAUGGGCAAAAGAACGAAUAUUACAAGGGUGGACUUACGGCUUGAACGAGGAUCCCGAUAUGAAACGUAGUCCUCAUUUGGUACCUUAUGCUAAAGUAGAUGAAGCAAUUAAGAAAGCUAACAGGGACACUGCAUCAGAAACUGUGAGAACCCUACUUGUUUAUGGAUAUAAUUUGGAUCCGCCUACUGGCGAGCAACAUGAAGCUAUGCUAGCGGAAGCUGCAAGAUUGCGUCAGUCAGAUUUUCGAACCUACCGCGCUGAGAAGAAUUACGCAGUUAGCUCAGGAAAAUGGUACUUCGAAUUUGAGAUUUUAACAGCUGGUCCCAUGAGAGUAGGAUGGGCCAAAGCGGACUGCGCUCCUGGUAAUAUGUUAGGAUCUGAUGAAAACACUUGGGCAUUUGAUGGAUACAGUAUGCGUAAAGUUCACGGUGGAGUUAGUGAAUUAUUUGGAAUUAAAUAUCAAGUAGGAGAUAUUAUAGGCAUUUUUCUAGACGAAAUCGAUCACACCAUUAGUUUCUCCCUAAAUGGAGAGUUACUUAUGGAUGCAUUGGGGGGCGAAACGACAUUCGCUGACGUCCACGGAGACAACUUUGUUCCCGCUUGUACCCUUAACGUUGGUCAAAAAGCUAAACUUAAUUUCGGACAAGAUGUUUCCACCCUCAAAUUCUUUACAACGUGCGGCCUUCAAGAGGGCUAUGAACCUUUCUGUGUCAAUAUGAAACGGCCGGUCACUUAUUGGUACACGAAAGAUCAGCCAAUUUUCGAAAACACGGACGACAUACCCGAUACAAAAAUUGACGUGACUCGAAUUCUGGCCGGUUCAGACAGUCCGCCGUGCUUGAAGAUUAGCCACAAUACGUUCGAAACGAUGGAAAAGGCCAACUGGGAAUUUUUAAGACUUAGUUUGCCAGUUAUUUGCCAUUCGGAAUUUAUAACAGAAGAAGAGAAAAGUAGGAGAUGGCAAGAAAUAAAAAUUCGACAGCAUAGAUUGAGAGCUGAAGCUAAUCAAACAACACCAGCACAUAUAGAGCAAAUAAUGAAAAGUGGAUUUUCCAUUAGCGACUUAAAAGGUUUACAUCGUAAUUAUUCUGAAGAUGCUGUGGAAGCAGACGAAGUAAUGAAUAAGCCGACAAAUAAAUCGACGAAGAGUAUGCCACCCAGGCCACCUAGGAAAGGUUCCCUAUCAAGAAAUGUUUACGAAGUAGAACAAGGUCUAGAGGCAUCAAGUGGUAAGAUUAAUCGAUCAACCAGUGAACUCGAUUUGCAUAGAUAUCAUGGUUUACAUCGUAAUUAUUCUGAAGAUGCUGUGGAAGCAGACGAAGUAAUGAAUAAGCCGACAAAUAAAUCGACGAAGAGUAUGCCACCCAGGCCACCUAGGAAAGGUUCCCUAUCAAGAAAUGUUUACGAAGUAGAACAAGGUCUAGAGGCAUCAAGUGGUAAGAUUAAUCGAUCAACCAGUGAACUCGAUUUGCAUAGAUAUCAUGACACAAGUCUUCAGACCAAUAAUCAAGAAAAAACAGACGACAAGAAAAAACGAGGCCGUUCACCUUUCAGAUUUUUCUCUCGUAAGAGGGAAGCAAGUGGCGACCGUUCAAAAGAAAGAACAAAAGGCAAGGCAAAAACGCCUGAACAGGAACACGGUAGGCGUGGUGGUUUGAAUCCGCAUGCUCGAACCGUUAGUGGAAUGCCGUCUCCCAUGUUAGCUCGUAGCCCUACCGUUAGGAUGGGAUCACAGACGGAUCUUAAAAUUCAGCCCCCAUCUGUCCCAGAUCGUCAACAGAAACAAAUGUCUGUGCCACAAACAUCAGAUGUUGAAUCGAUCGGAAAUGAAGUGUUUGAUUCAGAAUGUUUAAAGCUUAUUAACGAAUAUUUCUACGGUGUACGCAUAUUUCCUGGUCAAGAUCCUACUCAUAUUUACAUCGGUUGGGUAACCACUCAGUACCAUUUGCACUCCAAAGAUUUCAACCAAAGUCAAGUAAGGAAGGCCUCGGUUAUAUUAAUUGAUAAUUAUGAUCGAGUUGUGGACUGUGUCGACCGCCAGGCAUGUUACAUGGUUCGAGCGGAUGAAUUGUACAAUCAGGUAACUCAAGAUGCUACAGGAAAAGGUGCUUCGCAGGGCAUGUUUAUAGGCUGCUUUAUAGAUGCUGCAACUGGUAUUAUAUCGUUUACUUGCGAAGGAAAGGAGACUAAACACCGAUUUAAGAUGGAACCGAAUACAAAGCUAUUUCCUGCUAUAUUUGUGGAGGCAACCAGCAAAGAAAUUUUACAAAUUGAACUAGGUCGAACGGCCACAACAUUGCCCCUUUCAGCUGCCAUUCUGCAAAACAGCGCUAAACACGUCACACCCCAAUUUCCUCCCAGACUCAAGGUGCAAUGUCUUAAUCCACAUCAUUGGGCCAGAGUGCCGAAUCAGAAUUUACAAGUUCACGCUCUUAAACUGUCAGAUAUCAGAGGUUGGUCAAUGCUUUGCGAAGAUCCUGUUUCGAUGUUAGCCUUGCACAUACCUGAAGAAGACAGAUGUAUGGACAUACUGGAACUGAUCGAAUUGGAAAAAUUGCUCAGCUUCCACGCUCACACUCUCACUUUAUAUGCAGCUUUGUGUUAUCAAAGCAACUACCGAGCUGCGCACGUCUUGUGCAAACACGUUGACCAAAAACAGUUAUUGUACGCUAUCAAAUCCGAAUAUAUGAGCGGACCUUUACGGCAAGGAUUUUAUGACUUAUUGAUUGCUAUCCAUUUGGAAUCUACUGCGACGACCAUGGAGGUUUGUAAGAACGAGUAUGUUAUUCCACUAGGACAGGAAUUAAAAGAUUUAUAUGAAGAACCUGAAAUGGGUCAUAGCUUGAGAAGGCUCAAAGUUGAAUCGGUAAUACCUAUAAUGAAAAUGAGUGAUAUUGGGUAUGUUGCAAGACUUUUUACGCCCCUUUUGAAGCUUGUCGAUCGGCUUUUAUUGGUGGGAAAUUUACGCGAUGAAGACGUCGAAAAGUUGCUGAUUAUGAUUGAUCCGGAAACGUGGGAUCCUUUAUUCGAAAAAGACGGCAAGGAUGAACAUCGUAAAGGGCUUUUACAAAUGAAGAUGGCCGAAGGUGCGAAACUGCAGAUGUGCUACUUGUUACAACAUCUUAAUGAUGUACAGCUCAGGCAUAGGGUCGAAUCUAUCAUUGCUUUCAGUCAUGAUUUCGUGGGUGAUUUACAGACAGAUCAACUGAGAAGAUACAUUGAAAUUAAACAAUCUGAUUUGCCGUCUGCAGUUGCUGCUAAGAAAACUAAGGAGUUUAGGUGUCCUCCCAAAGAACAAAUGAACACAAUUUUGGGCUUUAAAAACUUGGAAGAAGAUGACAAAGAAAACUGUCCGAUUGGAGAAGAUUUAUGUGAUAGACUAAGAGGAUUUCAUGAUGGUUUAAUGUCCCAAGUGUCCCUUAAUGCUCUUCAGGUCCCUCAAGAUGCUGAAAAUCCUGAUGAUCAGCAAAAACCGAAUCCUUUCAAACGUUUAUAUAAUCUGAUUAAUGCUGUAAAAGAAUUGGAGGAAGAGCCAAAAGAGGAACCAGAACCUGAACGUAAAAUGCCUGAGGAAGUAUUUAGAAAAGUUUUAAUAGCCACAGUUGUUAGGUGGGCUGAAGAAGCUCAAAUUGAAACUCCCAAACUAGUACGAGAAAUGUUCAGUUUAUUGGUUCGUCAAUAUGAUUCGGUUGGAGCCCUUAUACGAGCUCUCCAAAAAACUUACGUAAUAAAUGCAAAAACCAAACUAGACGUGGCUGAAAUGUGGGUAGGACUGAGCCAAAUUAGGACCCUGCUACCUGUACAGAUGUCUCAAGAAGAAGAGGAACUAAUGAGGGAACGGUUAUGGAAACUUGUAAAUAAUCACACAUUCUUUCAACAUCCUGAUCUUAUUCGUAUUCUUCGCAUACACGAGAACGUUAUGGCUGUAAUGAUCAACACAUUAGGAAGAAGAUCCCAGCAACAGGCCCAACCUGCUGAAGGAGAAACUGUCACAAAAGAAAAGGACACUUCUCAUGAGAUGGUAGUGGCGUGUUGUCGAUUUUUAUGUUAUUUUUGUCGUACUGGUAGACAGAAUCAAAAAGCGAUGUUCGAACAUUUCGACUUUUUAUUGGAAAAUAGCAAUAUUUUACUGUCCAGACCUAGUUUAAGGGGAUCAACACCUUUAGAUGUGGCCUACUCUUCUUUAAUGGAAAAUACUGAGUUGGCAUUAGCUCUAAGAGAACAUUAUUUGGAGAAAAUUGCUAUAUAUUUGUCACGAUGUGGCUUGCAGUCAAAUUCUGAGUUAGUAGAAAAAGGAUAUCCAGAUUUAGGUUGGGAUCCUGUGGAAGGAGAAAGAUAUCUCGAUUUUCUUCGAUUCUGUGUGUGGGUCAAUGGUGAAAGUGUAGAGGAAAAUGCAAACCUAGUCAUUCGUUUAUUAAUUCGUAGACCUGAAUGUUUGGGUCCAGCCUUAAGAGGUGAAGGUGAAGGACUUUUAAGGGCGAUUAUAGAUGCAAACAAGAUGUCAGAGCGUAUUUCGGAUCGCAGAAAAAUGAUGGAAGAAGCAGAAGGUACCGUAAAUAUGCCACAAUUUUCGCAUCCUUUACCAGAGAGUGAUGAAGAUGAAGACUACAUCGAUACAGGGGCAGCUAUUUUAAAUUUCUAUUGCACUCUUGUCGAUCUUUUGGGUCGAUGUGCUCCUGACGCUUCUGUAAUUGCGUUGGGCAAAAAUGAAUCUUUAAGAGCUCGUGCAAUUCUGCGAUCCCUCGUACCGCUGGAAGACUUACAAGGUGUCUUAAGUUUGAGGUUUACUCUUCAGAAUCCUGCAGCUGGGGAAGAGAGACCGAAAUCCGAUAUGCCCUCAGGUUUAAUUCCUGCUCAUAAACAGAGCGUUGUUUUAUUUCUUGAACGCGUAUAUGGCAUAGAAACCCAAGAGCUGUUUUACAAACUAUUGGAAGAAGCAUUCUUGCCAGAUCUAAGGGCUGCAACCAUGUUAGACAGAAAUGACGGUAGCGAAUCUGAUAUGGCUCUCAGUAUGAAUCGCUACAUUGGCAAUUCUAUAUUACCUCUUCUAAUUAAACACAGUAACUUUUACAACGAAGCAGAAAAUUAUGCGCCGCUUUUAGAUGCAAGUCUUCACACUGUUUACCGUCUAUCAAAGAACCGCAUGCUUACCAAGGGUCAAAGAGAAUGCGUGUCUGACUUUUUGGUCGCGCUUACCAGCCAAAUGCAGCCUUCAAUGUUGCUAAAGUUGCUCCGAAAGCUUACGAUCGACGUUUCGAACCUAUCCGAAUACACGACCGUAGCUUUAAGACUAUUGACAUUGCAUUACGAACGUUGCACACGUUAUUAUGGUUCAACUACCGGUCAAGGGCUUUACGGGACAUCGUCGGAUGAGGAGAAGCGGCUGACGAUGAUGCUUUUUUCGAAUAUUUUCGAUUCUUUAAGUAAAAUGGAUUACGAUCCCGAGUUGUUCGGAAAAGCACUACCGUGUCUUAUUGCAAUUGGAUGUGCUCUGCCACCAGAUUAUUCGUUGUCUAAAAACUAUGACGACGAAUGGUAUGCCAAUAAGAGUUCAACAACAGGACCCAAUGGGCCUUAUAAUCCCCAGCCAAUCAAUACGUUAUCUAUUCAACUAAAUAACGACUUGAAUCAAAUCGUACAAAAGUUUUCUGAACAUUACCACGACGCUUGGGCUUCACGUAAACUUGAAAAUAGUUGGCAAUAUGGUGAGAACUGGUCCGAAACUAAUAAAACACAUCCAAGACUUAAACCUUAUCACAUGCUGAACGAUUAUGAAAAAGAAAGGUAUAAGGAACCUGUUCGAGAAUCCUUAAAAGCCCUUUUAGCAAUCGGGUGGACAGUGGAACAUUCAGAAGUGGACGUGCCCAUGAGCAAUAGGAGCUCGGUCAGAAGACAGUCAAAAUCGGGAGAAUCAAGUUCACCAUUUAAUUAUAACCCACAUCCGGUUGACAUGACUAACCUUACAUUGUCUCGAGAAAUGCAAAACAUGGCAGAACGUUUAGCUGAAAAUGCUCAUGAUAUUUGGGCAAAGAAGAAAAAGGAAGAAUUGACUACAUGUGGAGGAGGUAUUCAUCCUCAACUAGUGCCCUAUGAUCUGUUGACUGAUAAAGAAAAGAAAAAGGACAGAGAACGAUCCCAAGAAUUUUUAAAAUAUUUGCAAUACCAAGGAUAUAAAUUGCAUAAGCCUUCUCGGGAACGUAAAACUGACGAUGAGCAAACAACUGUUGGUCCUUCGGUUGAGUUCAGAUUUGCAUAUUCGCUAUUGGAAAAGUUAAUUCAAUAUUCCGAUCGUGCGACUGUAAACAUGAAAAUCUUGAAACCCUCCGCUAUCUUUAGCCGGCGGACAUCUUUCAGGACAUCAAGCAGAGAUAUCAAAUUCUUCUCAAAGGUUGUUCUGCCACUGAUGGAAAAAUAUUUUUCGACUCAUCGAAAUUAUUUUAUAGCUGUUGCCACAGCGACUAAUAAUAUAGGCGCCGCUAGUUUGAAAGAAAAAGAAAUGGUAGCGGCGUUAUUCUGUAAACUCGCCAGUCUUCUUAGAAGUCGGCUGUCUGCCUUCGGGGCAGAUGUGCGCAUAACUGUGCGUUGUCUCCAAGUGUUAGUCAAGUGCAUCGAUGCGAAAACACUGGUCAAAAACUGUCCCGAAUUUAUCAGGACAUCGAUGUUGACCUUCUUCAAUAAUACGGCUGACGACUUGACUCACACAAUAACAAAUUUACAAGAAGGAAAAUAUAGUCACUUACGUGGUACACAUCUCAAGACUUCCACUUCAUUAUUUUACAUAAAUUCAGUGGUGUUACCUGUUCUAACUGCUAUGUUCGAUCAUUUGGCCAAUUGCGAAUAUGGAAGUGAUCUCUUACUCGACGAGGUUCAGGUGGCUUCAUAUAAAAUACUGGGAGCAUUGUAUAUAUUGGGUACUGAUCCGAAUUUGACUCACGAUCGAAAAUAUUUGAAGACUGAAAUGGAGCGGUACAAGCCAGCAUUAGGAUCUUGUUUAGGAGCAUUCAGUUCCACUUUUCCAGUUGCUUAUCUUGAGCCUCACUUAAAUAAACACAACCAAUUCUCUUUACUCAAUAGAAUUGCAGAUCAUUCAUUAGAAGCACAAGACAUAAUGGCGAGAAUGGAAAACAUAAUGCCAACAUUAGAAACAGUUUUAAGCGAAGUAGAUCAGUUCAUUGAAAGUGAAAAGACCUAUACAGACACUCCUCAUAUUAUCGACGUGAUAAUGCCCAUGUUGUGCUCAUAUUUGCCAUUUUGGUGGAGUCAGGGACCAGACAAUGUGAGUCCAACUGGUGGUAACCAUGUCACAAUGGUGACAGCCGAGCAUAUGAAUCAGCUCCUUAAGAACGUCUUAAAAUUGAUUAAAAAGAACAUUGGUAACGAAAAUUCACCUUGGAUGACGCGCAUAGCUGCGUACACGCAACAAAUAAUCAUCAACAGUAGCGAAGAGCUUCUGAAGGAUCCAUUUUUGCCAUUAGCAGAACGAGUCAAAAAAAGAACUGAAAUGUUGUUCCAUAAGGAAGAGAGUUUGCGUGGAUUUAUCAAAAGUUCUACAGACGACACUUCUCAGAUUGAAGCCCAGAUUCAAGAAGAUUGGCAACUUCUUGUAAGGGACAUCUAUUCAUUUUAUCCUUUACUCAUCAAGUACGUGGAUCAACAACGUAUGCAUUGGUUACGUCAUAAUGUAGUAGAAGCCGAACACUUGUACCAUUAUGUAGCAGACAUAUUUAAUAUUUGGUCUAAGUCUCAGUACUUCUUGCGCGAGGAACAAAAUUUCAUUUCGGCUAAUGAAAUUGAUAAUAUGGUCUUGAUCAUGCCUACUGCCACAAGACGUACCGCGAUUCCCGAUGGCUCCCAACCCUCUGUUGGAAAGGUAAAGAAAAAGAAGAAACAUCGCGACAAGAAACGGGACAAAGACAAAGAAAUACAGGCUUCCCUAAUGGUGGCCUGUUUAAAACGUUUGCUACCAGUUGGUUUGAAUCUUUUCGCUGGUAGGGAACAAGAACUUGUGCAACAUUGUAAAGAUCGUUUCUUGAAGAAAAUGCCGGAGUACGAUAUUAUCGAUUUUGCUAAAACCCAACUCACUUUACCCGAUAAAAUUGAUCCAGCCGACGAAAUGUCAUGGCAGCAUUAUCUCUACAGCCAGCUUGGUACCAAGAAAAGCAUCGCGAUCAGCACGGCUGUAGAUAACAAUGGUAAAAGUCAACUAGAGGAGACGGUGGAAAGGAUAGUCGCUAUGAGUAAAGUCUUGUAUGGUUUACAUAUGAUUGAUCAUCCUCAGCAACAGCAAAAGGGCAUACACCGCAGUGUUAUAUCAAUGCAAAGAAAACGUGCUGUACUUUCAUGCUUCAGACAGGCGUCGUUGCAUAGUUUGCCGAGACAUCGAGCUAUAAAUAUCUAUAUUCGUUCUUACUGUGAAUUGUGGUUGCAAGAUGAAAAUACAGGUCAAGAAGUGAUGAUUGAAGAUCUCACUCAGAGCUUUGAAGACGCUGAACUUAAUAAGAAAGAGGCACAAGAAGAGGAAGGAAAACCUGACCCUUUGACUCAGUUAGUUACAACGUUCUGUAGGGGUGCCAUGACUGAAAGAUCUGGGGCAUUACAGGAAGAUCCUUUGUACAUGAGUUACGCAGAGAUAAUUGCAAAAUCAUGUGGCGAAGAGGAGGAAGAAGGUGAAGAAGAAGGAGGUGAAGGAGAAGAAGGCGGGGCAUCUAUACAUGAACAAGAAAUGGAAAAGCAGAAACUAUUAUUCCACCAAGCCCGAUUAGCCAACAGAGGCGUCGCUGAAAUGGUUCUGCUACAUAUAUCAGCAUGCAAGGGGGUACCAUCGGACAUGGUAAUGAUGACCUUGCAGUUGGGUAUUUCGAUAUUGCGCGGUGGCAACUCAGACAUCCAGAUGGGUAUGCUUACUCAUCUAAAAGAAAAGAAAGAUGUCGGCUUCUUUACAAGCAUAGCAGGUUUGAUGAAUAGUUGCAGCGUACUAGACCUUGACGCCUUUGAAAGAAAUACUAAAGCUGAAGGCCUAGGUGUCGGAUCUGAAGGUGCCGCCGGUGAAAAGAACAUGCAUGACGCCGAAUUUACAUGUGCUCUAUUUAGAUUUAUACAAUUGACCUGUGAAGGGCACAAUUUGGAAUGGCAGAAUUAUCUUCGUACUCAAGCGGGUAAUACUACAACCGUGAACGUAGUCAUAUGCACCGUAGACUAUCUUUUGAGGCUGCAAGAAUCAAUUAUGGACUUCUACUGGCAUUAUUCAAGCAAAGAGCUUAUCGAUCCAGCUGGUAAAGCAAACUUUUUCAAAGCCAUUGGUGUCGCUAGUCAAGUUUUCAACACAUUAACUGAAGUUAUUCAAGGACCUUGUACUCAAAAUCAACAGGCAUUAGCUCAUUCGAGACUAUGGGAUGCAGUGGGAGGUUUCCUGUUUCUGUUCUCUCAUAUGCAGGAUAAACUUUCCAAACAUUCCAGUCAAGUCGAUUUACUAAAAGAACUACUAAAUCUUCAAAAAGACAUGAUAACCAUGAUGUUGUCAAUGCUUGAGGGCAACGUAGUAAAUGGAACGAUAGGUAAACAGAUGGUGGACACCCUCGUAGAAAGUGCAUCAAACGUAGAAUUGAUUCUCAAAUAUUUUGACAUGUUUUUGAAAUUGAAAGAUCUAACAUCGUCGGCCAGCUUCCAAGAAAUAGAUAUAAACAACGACGGUUGGAUUUAUCCCAAAGAUUUUAAAGAGAAAAUGGAACAACAAAAGAGCUACACACCUGAAGAAAUUGAAUUCUUGCUCAUGUGCUGCGAAACGAAUCAUGACGGGAAAAUCGAUUACGUUGGUUUCAUUGAUCGAUUUCACGAGCCGGCUAAAGAGAUCGGCUUCAACUUGGCUGUAUUACUAACGAACUUAGCGGAACACAUGCCAAACGAACCCAGACUAGCGAGGUUCUUGGAGACAGCCGGUUCUGUCCUCAACUAUUUCCAACCUUUUCUUGGACGUAUUGAAAUCUUGGGUAGCAGCAAACGUAUCGAACGAGUCUACUUUGAGAUAAAAGAAUCUAAUAUUGAACAGUGGGAGAAGCCUCAAAUUAAAGAAUCAAAACGUGCAUUCUUUUAUUCUAUAGUUACAGAAGGCGGAGACAAGGAGAAAUUAGAAGCAUUUAUUAACUUCUGCGAAGAUGCAAUUUUUGAAAUGCAACACGCCAGUGGACUCAUGGCAAUUGAAGAUUCUGGAGGGCCAGGACAACAGCGAGCUACCAGUUAUAAUUAUAUGACCGAAGACGACUUCGACGGAAAAUCGAAAGAUCCAAUUCGAAGAGGCAUUCAAGCAGUAAAAGACGGUAUAAGGCAUGGAUUAUCAGCCUUGAGCCCAUCAAACCUAAAACACAAGUUUGCGGAGAUGCAAAAAAUGUCCUUCCUUGAACUUUUCGUCGGUUUUUUCAAAUUGAUCUUCUACGCGUUUUAUUACUCCGGUUAUGGCGUUUCUAUCAUUUUAGGGUUCUUCUUCAAGAUUCUAAUGUUUUUGAUGCGGGGUCCGCAAACGGAAGAACAAGUAAUUGAAAUUAAGGAAGAAGAGAAAACGGGACCGAUGCGGGUGUUACCUGCUUUACCGGCAGCUUCUGAAGAACCUAACAACCAGGUGCAAGCAUUUGGAUUAGAUAUAGCAAAAGAUGAAAACCAAAUAAAAUUGGCUCCACACGAGUCUCCGACUAGUACAUCACCAUCUUCAGGUGAAGGUGAGGGUGAAACAAGUACUGAAGAAGGCGUAGAAGGUCACGUAGAAUCUGAAACACCUGAAACUCCGGUUACUUUACAAGAUUUGUUAGGUGGUGAAGCAGCUAGAAGAGCAGCUCAGGAAAAAGCCGAAGCCCAAGCCGCCCAACAAGCCGCCAUGCAAGCUAUCGAGAUGGAGCAAAAGCAAGAAGUAAUAACAGAAAAAUCCGCUGUCUCUCAAAUUAAUUUUGGCGCCUAUGGUCAGAGAGCAGUUUCAUUCCUUGCCAGAAACUUUUACAACUUGAAAUACGUUGCUCUCGUCUUGGCAUUCUGUAUAAAUUUCAUGCUCCUUUUCUAUAAGGUAUCAACAUUAGGUGGAGAAGAAAAUGGUAGUGGAAAUGGUAAAGAGUCAAAUAUAAUUAUAUCAGGUGAAGGAAGUGGAUCAGGUGGAGGAGAAUCUUCUGAAGAAGAAGAUGCAGUCGAACUGGUUCAUGUUGAUGAAGACUUUUAUUACAUGGAGCAUGUUAUGCGACUGGCGGCUCUACUUCAUUCGCUUGUAUCCCUCUGCAUGCUGAUAGCUUAUUAUCAUUUAAAGGUACCUUUGGCAAUAUUUAAAAGAGAAAAAGAAAUAGCUAGACGACUGGAAUUCGAAGGAUUAUACAUUGCGGAACAACCAGAAGACGACGACUUAAAAUCGCAUUGGGAUAAACUUGUAAUAUCAGCAAAGUCUUUCCCUGUUAAUUACUGGGAUAAGUUUGUAAAGAAAAAGGUGCGACAAAAAUACAGCGAAACUUACGAUUUCGAAUCAAUAAGCAAUCUUCUAGGUAUGGAGAAGACUUCAUUCAUGGCUCAGGAUACUGAAGAAGGAAAUAACAGCAUUUUCUAUUACAUAAUGAAUAUCGACUGGCGUUAUCAAAUUUGGAAAGGUGGUGUGACAAUCACCGAUAACUCUUUCCUUUAUUCAUUGUGGUACUUCACGUUUUCGAUACUCGGUAACUUCAAUUUGUUCUUUUUCGCUGCUCACCUAUUGGAUGUAGCUGUUGGUUUUAAAACUCUGAGAACGAUCCUGCAGUCCGUAACGCACAAUGGCAAACAGUUAGUAUUAACGGUGAUGCUAUUAACAAUCAUUGUCUACAUCUACACGGUGAUAGCUUUCAACUUCUUCAGGAAAUUCUACGUUCAGGAAGAGGACGAAGAGGUUGACAAAAAAUGUCACGACAUGCUUACGUGUUUUGUCUUCCAUCUUUAUAAAGGCGUAAGAGCUGGAGGUGGCAUUGGUGAUGAAAUUGAACCACCGGACGGUGACGACUAUGAAGUUUGGCGUAUCCUAUUUGAUAUCACUUUCUUUUUCUUUGUUAUCGUCAUUUUACUGGCUAUUAUUCAAGGUUUGAUCAUUGAUGCCUUUGGUGAGCUUCGUGAUCAACUGGAAAGCGUAAAGGAAGAUAUGGAAUCGAACUGUUUUAUUUGUGGCAUAGGAAAAGAUUAUUUUGAUAAAGUUCCCCAUGGAUUUGAUACACAUGUACAACAAGAGCACAAUUUGGCGAAUUAUAUGUUCUUCCUUAUGCACUUAAUUAAUAAACCGGAUACGGAAUAUACCGGUCAAGAAACUUACGUUUGGAAUAUGUACCAACAACGUUGUUGGGACUUCUUCCCUGUAGGAGAUUGCUUCCGUAAACAAUACGAAGAUGAACUAGGCGGAGGAGGUGGUUAAAAUACAAUCCACAUAUAUUAAUUAAAACGAACGUUUUUAAUGUGAGAAUAUCCCACACACAAUACUAGGUAAUUUUUAAAAUAUUUUACAGUUAAGAUUUUAAUUGGUUAUUCCCUAUGCAUAAUUAAUUAAAAGAGGUUUGCCAUAAACUAUUCAUUAAUACUGGAAUUUUGUCUAGUUGAUUAUUUCUUUAAAAAAUAAAAAUUAA